UGAACUUUGAACACUGAGCAGAUCACAAUCAUAUGCAAGCAACUAUUUUACAACCAAGCCUCUUCUCUGUGUGAACUUGUUGCUGCAGAAUGACUUUUGACCAGUUAUCAAAUCCAAGGCUGGAAUUUCUUUUUACGACCGUGUCCUGACACACCAGAGAAACCAGGAAGCAUCUGUUCCUCCCUGAAGAGACGCAGGCUGAAAACCAGACGAUCACAUUCACCUUCCAAACCAAACUGAACCAAACCAGAACAAACGUCCUGAGUGAGUCCAGCUACAGGAGAGAAGAGUCAAACUACAACCUGCCGACGCUCCACACACUGACCCUUCACCUGGAGACUCAAUGGCCUCCAGAUCAGAAGAGGAUCUCUGCUGUUCCGUCUGUCAUGAUGUCUUCAGAGAUCCUGUUCUUCUGUCAUGUAGCCACAGCUUCUGUAAAGACUGUGUGAAGAGCUGGUGGAGAGACAAAGAAGAAAAAUUGUGUCCACUUUGUAAGAGUAGAUCUUCAAAGCGUAAACCACCUUGUAACCUGGUGUUGAAGAACCUGUGUGAGGCCUUCAUACUGGAGAGAGAUCAGAGCUCUUCACCUGCUCUCUGCAGUCUGCACUCAGAGAAACUCAGACUCUUCUGUCUGGACCAUCAGGAGCCAGUGUGUGUCAUCUGCAGAGAUUCAGAGAAACACACCGACCACAGAAACAGACCCAUCAAUGAAGCUGCAGAACAACACAAGAAGCAGCUUCAGGAAACUCUGGAGCCCUUGAAGAAGAAGUUUCAGAGUUUUAAACGUGUUAAAGUAAAGUUUGAUCAAACAGCGGAACACAUUAAGGUCCAGGCCGGACUCACAGAGACGCAGAUCAAGGAGCAGUUCAAAAAGCUUCAUCAGUUUCUGGAGGAGGAAGAGGAGGCCAGGAUGGUUGCACUGAGGGAGGAAGAGGAGCAGAAGAGUCGGAUGAUGAAGGAGAAGAUUGAGGCUCUGAGCAGAGACAUGACGGCUCUUUCAGACACCAUCAGGACCAUAGAGGACGAGCUGAGAGCUGAAGACGUCUUGUUCCUGCUCAACUACAAGGCUGCAGUGGAACGAGUUCAACAGCACCCCCUCAUGGAUGAUCCACAGCUGGCCUCAGGAGCUCUGAUUGACAAGGCCAAACAUCUGGGCAACCUGAGCUUCAACAUCUGGAACAAGAUGAAAGACGUGGUCUCCUACAGUCCUGUGGUUCUGGACCCAAACUCUGCUCAUCAUCUACUCGUCCCUUCCGAAGAUCUGACCAGUUUGAGACGAGGAGAGGAACAGGAUGUUCCUGAUAAUCCAGAGAGGUUUUGUCCUUUUCCAAUGGUCUUGGGAUCUGAGGGUUUUAACUCAGGGACUCACAGCUGGGACGUCCUGGUUGAAAAAAGUCAAAGCUGGUCACUGGGUGUAAUACCGGAGUCUAUCGUGAGGAAGGGAGAGAGGAUGUAUGAACACUGGAGACUAAGGUUCGAUUCAGGUAGAACCAGAGCAUUGUCACGAUCAGGAUCAACUGAUCUCUCUGUGAAGAAGAUCCAGAGGAUCAGAGUGAAACUGGACUGGAACAGAGGAGAACUGUUGUUCUAUGAUCUUGAUACUAACAAACACAUUCACACCUUAACACACACUUUCACUCAGAAGAUGUUUCCAAUCUUUCAAAUUGUAGAUGGUCAUCACCCAGUGAAGCUGUUACCUAUGAAAGUCUCUGUGAUGCUGGACCAGAGGAGUUAGAGAUAAAAAAUGUAUUCAUCAUGUUUAUUUCUUGGAGAGAAAUCUGCUGAAUUUAAAUGUUACACUCGUUAUUCUAUUAUUAUUAUCAUCAUUUUCUGAUCUUUAUCUUUGGUUGGUUUUUUAUUUUCAUUGAAAAUGUUUUCUCUCAUUUAGAUUUUGUGUGGAUCCAUGAAGUCGAGCAAACUGAUGAAGAUCCAAAUAAAAACACAUUUGUCAAUAACAGCUGAUCAUUGUUCACAUUCAACAAACUUUAUUUAAACUCACACAUCAGUAGAAAUGCUGCUGUCACAAACUCUGGUCUGGAGCUGGAGAUCUACAUUCAGGGUAGAUUCAGUGAAACAACGUGAUGACAUCAUCACUCUGUGGUGGAGUCUCAGUUAACUGUGAUUACUUUUCACACAGAAUCACACUUUUACCUCAUUGUCAUGUUUCUGGUCUCACAUCGUUUGGUUAAAGAGCAAACUGAGCAUCCGCUUGCUAGGUAGCAUUAGCCUCGCUUACAUUAGCAUUACCCUUGUAAUCUAACAUUAACCAUUAGCCACCAUUCUUGAGGCCGUUAAAGUGAAGGUCAUGGCCGCCACACAAUUCAACAAAUUAUAAAGUACACGUUGAAUUAGUGACGUUCUCCAUGUUUCGUCUACAAACAGGCCAAGGGUCAUAGUUUGAUUAAUUAAACACAAUAAAAAAGUAUCAGAGAUUAUUUUCUAUAUAUUUUUUAUUUUCUAUAUAUUUAGUGUAUGUCUGACAUGCAGUUACCAUCGGGGGGGGUAUGUAAUCUUUAAAAAAAAAAGGUUUUUUAUGAAUUAACUAUUGAUGAGAUAAGAUGCAUUUAUUCGUCCCAAACACAUGCACAGUCAUGCAGGUAGGGAAAUGUAAUCUCUGCUUUUGACCCAUCUGGUGCAGUACACACAGAGCAGUGAGCGACCAUGUACGGCGCUCGGGGAGCAGAUGUUGGGGGAGUAAGGUGCCUUGCUCAGGGGCACUAGACAGGGUAGGGAGACUCUUGGAUUUUUGGACAGAUCAAUCCAGGUUCGUCUUUUGUUGUCUCUCCGUGGAGUCGAACCAGAGACGAACCAGAGACCUUCUCUGCCCAUAGUCCAAGUUUCGGCCUCUAGACCACCGCCUCUUAAUGGGGAGAUGGAAGAUUUCAUUCUUGUAGUUUCUUUAUCCUCUACAAUGAUGAUAAUACAAUAAAAAAUAGAAAUUUGAACUUUACCAUGUUCGAUGCUGUUACUGAUUCUCUCACCUUUGUCACUAUGACGUAUUUUGAACAUAUAAUUACUGUUUAUUUUGUCUUUGUUAUCUUUAAUUGAUGAAAUAUAAAGUUCAUCUUUGUGUCUGUUCACUGCAGCGGUUGGAUUAACUUCACUUCAGCAGCUUCACCCACACAAACUGCUGCAUGUUCAUAUUUAUGCAUUUAAAAAGGGAGAUGCACAUUAAUUAAUAGGUGUAGUGGAGUCCAUCAUAUCAUGGGUCAGAUUUAAUGAUGCAGGCUAGUUUAUUGUUUACUUUACAGUGUGUAGUUCAGCUCCGACACACACAAACUCUGUAAUUAAGUCAUGUAUUGUUAUUGUGCCUUAUAAAGACCAGUUAUAAGCCAAUGUUCAAUAGGUCUUUAUUGUAAAUGUUUAUAUUUCUGUGAGUGAAUAUGUGUAUUAAGAUGUUUGAAGUAAAGAGACACCAUAAUAAUUGAAUGUAUGUUUUAUGCACUUUAAAAUGCAGUUACACUCAGAGAAAUGCUUGUACUUGAAAUUGUGUUAAUUUGAAUAAGAUGCAGUCUGGAUGAGGAA